GGCCAAAGGAAUGCGCUGUGCGCUAUUUCUGUGUGUUUGGUGGAAUGGAGUUGCUAUGGCUGCAGCUGUGCCACCGGGACAAUCCUGGCCAGAGGCGUCGGGAUUGGGCCGUCUAUCAGGCCACGCCACAGUGAAGGGCAGGGUGAAUGUGUCAUAAACAACUGUGGGAGCAGAUGGUCACAAGUUAAUCUUCCUUGUCAAUGAUGAGUCACGUGUUGCGAAUGUGAAAUGAGCUGCUGAAGUUCUAUAUACACACACCCAACUCGGGUUUAAAUGAACCAGUGCUCACCAGCACCAGAGGUUUGAAAUCAAGCCCUCAACUUGAGGACUUCCCGCAAAUACCUCGUCAACAUAUUUGCCACACUGACUGGAUGGUCUGAAUCUUUCUCGGGCCGUUACAGGAAAUAACCCCCCCCCCUGUGUGAUGUGUUUAUCAUAGAAUCUCUGCUCCCAUUCCACAGUCAGACUGCCAGGUGCCCCUACAGCCCCAAGUGACCCCACCCAACAUGGAGGAGUAUCUCACUACCAUCCACAUGGCACAGUUCACGUCACAGAUUAACAAGUUCCGUGUGUACCUGAGUCUGGCCCGUACCCUCGACUACAGCAUCUCUGAUGAGGUCACCAAGGCAGUUGAGGAUGACUUUGUUGACAUGCGCAAAGAUGACCCCCAGAGCGUCACCGCAGAGGACCUGCAUAGGAUGCUUGUCGUUGCAAGGUUGCUCUCCUUAAGUUUGGGACAGACCACCCUUUCCCGAGAUGGAUGGAUGAGAGCCAAGCACAUAGACAUGCAUCGCAGGAGCAGGACCGAACAACAGAAGAGUCUCAAUGGCAACGAGCCUUAAUCACAAACACCCCAUCCGGUGUGGAUAUAAAAAAAAAAAACAUGUUAUGUGGAACAUUUUUCAUUUUGAUACCAGAAGAGCAAUUUCUUUUUUGAAAAGUUCAACUUAAUAAAACUUAUGUACAAAAGUUUUUGUUCUUUUUGCGUAGCACUGGGAUUGUAAUUUAGCUUUUUUUGCUUCAGUGUUAGAUCAGGUUAAGCUUUUUAUCAGUUGUCAUAUUUGCAAUUUCUUGAUAAGAACAUUUUAAAAUCCUGGCAAAAUAAAUGACAGGACUAAUUGUUACUGUGGGAUGUUUUCAGUGCUUUGUAUGUUACUGCCUUGAACUCCAUUGAAGUACUGUUUACGUUUGGGAUUCAAUCCAGGUAAAUUUGAACUAACGCAGAAUAUGCUAAGCCAAUGUUGACUUUCCUCCCCUUACUCUAGACCAAAUGUUGUAGGUUUUAGAUGAACAUGUUGGAUCUGGUACUGAAAGUAUGUGUAAAUAGGGCAUUGAGAUAUUUUAUUCUCCCCAUCUUAUGCCUGAAAGUUCUCUGGAGUCAAUACAUUGAUCAUGAUUUGCCGAAUGACCUUCCCCAAAAUGUAAUUCUUGCUUUAUGGGAUCAGUUUGUGAAUGAUUGUUUGACUCAUUAAAAUAUGGAUAGCUUGCCA